GCAAACGUACGGUUUACCGGGUUGCACCAACCAAAGCAUCUGCCUGUGUCUGCUUGCCCGUUUAACCAGGCUUUAUUGUUAAACAACGCUAAAAGUGAACGAAAAUCACGUUUUAAGGAUAUAGCAAAAAAAAAGGUGAACCAUGUCUUCCAGCUCAGCAGUGGUGCGCAUCCUCAUAAAGGGAGGUAAAGUGGUGAAUGAUGACUUCACACAGGAAGCGGACGUGUACAUUGAGAACAGCAUUAUCCAGCAAGUAGGCAAGGAGCUGAUGAUCCCCGGAGGGGCCAAAGUUAUUGAUGCCACUGGAAAGCUGGUGCUGCCGGGGGGUAUUGACACCAGUGUUCACUUGAAUGAGAGCUUCAUGAACGCCAGCACCGCCGAUGACUUCUACAGUGGCACAAAGGCUGCACUGGCUGGAGGCACUACUAUGGUGAUUGGUCACGUGCUGCCAGAGAAGAAUGAAUCAUUGUUGGAUGCUUAUGAAAAGUGUCGCUCUCACGCUGACGCCAAGGCCUGCUGUGAUUACGCUCUUCAUGUGGGAGUGACCUGGUGGGGACCAAAGGUUAGGGCUCAGAUGGAGACACUGGUGCGAGAAAAGGGUGUGAACUCCUUCCAGAUGUUUAUGGCCUAUAAGGACACAUACAUGCUGAGGGACAGUGAGCUGUUUCAGGCCCUGCAGAACUGUAAGGACAUUGGCGCUGUGGCCCGCGUCCAUGCUGAGAAUGGAGAGCUGGUUGCUGAGGGUGCCAGAGAAGCAUUGGAUCUGGGUAUAAGUGGACCCGAGGGUAUUGAGAUAAGCAGACCUGAGGAGCUUGAAGCAGAGGCUGUCCACCGGGCCAUCACCAUCGCAAACAGAGCCCACUGUCCCAUAUAUCUUGUGAAUGUAUCUAGCAUGUCAGCAGGGGACGUUUUAGCAUCUGCCAAAAUGCAGGGGAAAGUGGUGCAUGGAGAAACAACUACUGCUCACGCUGUCUUAAACGGGCUGCAGUACUACCACCAAGACUGGGCCCACGCUGCCGCUUUUGUCACUGUGCCACCUCUUAGGCUUGACCCCAACACACCCAAUUACCUGCUCGGCCUUCUGGGGAAUGACACUCUGAACGUCGUGACAUCGGACCACCGGCCCUUCACCACUAAACAGAAGGCCAUGGGCAAAGACGACUUCACUAAAAUCCCUCAUGGUGUUCCUGGUGUGCAGGACCGCAUGAGUGUUAUCUGGGAGAGGGGAGUUGUUGGAGGCAAGAUGGAUGAGAACCGUUUUGUUGCAGUCACAAGCUCCAAUGCUGCUAAGAUCUACAACCUUUAUCCCAGGAAGGGCAGGAUCAUCCCUGGAGCUGAUGCUGAUUUGGUGGUCUGGGAUCCAGAAUCAACGAGGACCACCUCUGUGACCACUCAGUGGCAGGGAGGUGAUGUAAACCUGUACGAGAACCUACGCUGUCAUGGUGUUCCCCUGGUAACCAUCAGCCGCGGUCGCGUGGUUUAUGAAAAUGGAAUCUUCACUUGCGCUGAGGGCUCAGGAAAGUUCUACCCUCUCCGAACCUUUCCAGAUUACCUCUAUAAAAAAAUGGUCCAGAGGGAGAAGAGCCAGGCACUGAAGGGUGUUGAACGUGCUCCAUACAUUGGAGAUGUAGCUGCGGUGCAGAAUUCAGGGAAGAAGGAAUUGGGCCCUGCAGAUGGAGACAUGAACCCGCGACCCUGUACUCGCCACGGGGGAAUGAGAGACCUGCACGAGUCCAGCUUUAGUUUGUCUGGUACCCAAAUUGAUGACAAAAUUCCAAAGAGAGCUUCUGCAAGGAUUCUGGCGCCUCCUGGUGGUCGGUCCAGUGGAAUUUGGUAAAGUUUUGGAGCAACACCCACAGAAAUUUGCAACUAUACACCAACAAUAUUUGACAUCCUCACAUCUGAUGGUUUAUUUAAUUUGUAUCACUUGCAACUAAACUCUGGUGUUUUUAUAUUUAUGCGUUCAAGGAAUAUAACAAUAUAUCUGUUCAGAAAUUGGGAAACAAGUCGGAAUGCUUGUGAGAGAUUUGUGUGAGAUAAAAAUGUCACAGUGUGUUUUCGUUCUUCGUGUUCAGUCAAAUGAAAUAGUGAAGGUUGUGUUAAAAUAAAACAAGUUUUUUAGUGCUGAAAUUUGUUUUAAUUUUGUUUCAUGGUUUCUUAAGAGAAAAGCACUACAAACAGUAUACAUUUUACAUUUGCUACAGUUUCAAGUAUUCUUAAGAUAGCAACCGAACAUUUGUUUAAGAAAGGGAAUGCUUCUAGAUUGUGCAUCUCGUCAUGGCUAGAAAGAAAUGUGAACCAUUGUAAAUUAACUUAAUAUUUAAACUCUUCUUAUGUGUUGCAGUCAACUAUACAGUACAUUUACCUCAUUGUGUUAUCUCUUGAUCUACACUAAUGUACAAAAGCACCGUGCCUCUUAACACUUUACAACUGUUACACUGAUCCGUUCACAACAUUUUCUGACUGGUAGCUACAGUUAAAAAAACAACUUCAGCUACAUUUUGACUCUACGUUUAGGUGUUCAUAUUUUUAUGCAUCAUAUUUCUUGACAUAGGAUGAAUAGGCAAUUCAAGGUAAUUGUUUCUUUUGUGAUUUUGUUGUUAUUUUUGUCAUACCAUUGGUUCAUACAGGCCCUUUAUGUGAUUUAUAAGCACAUAGCCCUAAGACCUCCUAAAAUGUGAAUUAAGAAUAACUUUAUUUACUUUGUCACAUAUCAAAUUGUGUACAUUUCUACAAGUAUUGAUUUCUUAGUGACAAUAGUUUAAAUCUUUGAUUGUUUUUAAGUAUCCAAAAAUCUACUCUUUAAUAAAUGCUCUUUACUACCUAAAUUUGCAGUGUUACUUUAAGAUCUUUCUAGAACGACGACUGUCAAACAUUCUAAUCUAAACAGUGAAAUGUAAUGACAGUGUAAUACGAUUGAUUCACUCUGGUUGCUCACUGAACGAUUCACACUGUGCUUUGGAAACAAUUGAUUUUCAUGCAGCAAGUGAAAUUGAUUGAGAAAGGUUUCUGCCUCACGUCUGAUCAUUAAUUUCAAUGUGCUCCACUACCACUAACCAACCACAAAAACACCAGACUGCUAACUGAGGCAUGUGUUCAUUUUGUACAUAUACUGUCUUAAUAAGCAGCUCCACGUAUUUGAAGACCUUCUGUAGAGACCAUUUGAAACACAUUAACUGUUUAGCUGUACAUCCCGAUGUCACAGUAAAACAAGCAUUAGAAUGGCAAGACAGAAUCUGUUGGUGCUGAAUAUUCAGGUAGUUUUUUAUUCUGUAUUUUCAGUAUGCUUUUCCAUUUUUUAACAUGAGCUGUGUAUGCACUACCGUUGUACGUAUGAACGUAUUAUUGUUUAUCCCAUGAAAAAUUGCAAAUAAACCCCCUUCAACCUCA